AUGGCCUCCGACCAAGUGAGGCAGAAUAGCCUCAUCAUAACAGCAUGUUUUUUCACAGCAAUUUCAACCAUGGUUGUCAUUGCCCGGACAUUUGUUCGAGCAGUUCUUAUCCGAAAGCCUGGCCUCGAUGAUUAUUCAAUGAUCAUUGGAAUGGUUUUCACUCUCGCCUACCUCGCAGAGAUCUUUGUCGGAAAGGCCAAUCAUAUCGGCUUCCCCUCCAAGGAUUUGAGCCUCGACAACAUGACAAAUCUCCUGAAGAAUACACUGGCAAUUCAAGUUACGUAUUAUGUUUGCAUAUCAGCAAUCAAGAUAUCUAUCUUAUGCAUGUAUCUCAGGUUUGCUGGCACCAGGUCGCUCAACAUUCUGUGCAUAUGCACCAUUGUAUUCCAUCUUUUAUUCUUCGUCAUCUGUAUUGGAGUCACUCUAUCUCAGUGUCAACCGCUCUACGAAAUGUGGGACUUGACCGGGACUGUGAAUGGAGUGUGUAUCAACACCACCGCCUUUUUCUAUUUUACAUCCGGUUUUAACAUCGUAACCGACAUUUGGAUCCUCGUCCUCCCUAUCAAAACACUUAUGGGCAUUCUUCGGCCGCGGCGAGAAAAGAUCGCGCUGGGCAUCAUUUUCGGCGUUGGCGUGUUUGCAACAAUAACAUCCAUCGUCCGGUUACACACGAUUUACACAUAUACCCUCGCCAAGGAUCUCUUCCAGGAGAGCAUCCUCAUCAACAUCUGGUCCAUGUUGGAGAUCAACAUCGGAAUAAUAUGCGCCAGUGUUCCUGCACUGAAACCCCUGUUUACUCCUCGUGCUCUACGGGAAGCCGCAAAUCGGAACAAGCCAGGCGGUUAUCAGUAUCAUAGUCAUGAGAGAUCAGGGUUCCAUUCGAACAAUUCAAAAUCGAGAGACAGGACAGAAAACCCCUACAACUUGGAUCGAGUGGGUGGGCAGGUAAACUCAAAGACGGUACUACAAAGCACAUCACGUAUGUCAGGCAGUGAGGAUAGUAUCCUUGGGGUAUGA